AAAGGUCAACUGUAGGUGGCCGCACCUAGGAGGAGGAUUCACGUCAUUGAGGUGGUUCCCUAACAACAUCUCUAAGAUAUUUUAGUAAUCUAAUGCGACAUUCUGGGUGUAAUAUUCAGGCUACAAGGUACAAUCAGUCUUGCUGGGGGAACAAGAGGAGGAGGAGGGGGCUAAGGACUUUAAGAUGAGUCUCUCUGGGGAGCGUGACACUGACAGUGUGGACCAUGGUGGAGAGUGCUGUUUGAAAUCCGAUCUUAAGAAAUAUGCCUCUGAUCUCACACUGGACCCAAACACAGCAUUCAGAGAGCUUACUCUGUCUGAGCAGAACAGGAAGGUGACAAAGGUGAGAGACGAGCAGCCGUAUGCUGAUCACCCAGAGAGAUUUGACUUCUGCAGACAGGUGCUUUGUAGAGAGGGUCUGACUGGGCGCUGUUACUGGGAGGUAGAGUGGAGUGGGGAAGGGGCUGAUAUAGCAGUGACAUAUAAAGGAAUCAACAGGAUAGGUGAUGGUAAUGACUGUGAUCUUGGAUUCAAUAUCAAGUCCUGGAGUGUGCACUGCUCUGAUGAUGGUUACAAUGCCUGGCACAAUGACGAGAGAAUUGCCAUACCUGUCCCCUCCUCCUCCCACUCAAACAGAGUAGGAGUGUAUCUGGACUGGCCCGCUGGCACUCUGUCCUUCUACAGCGUCUCCUCUGAUGCACUGAUCCGUGUGCACACAUUCCACUCCACAUUCACUGAGCCUCUCUACCCAGGAUUUGGAAUUUGGGCGACUGGCUCCUCAGUGACCCUGUGUCAGGUAGAAUAGCCUCCUGUUUCCUGGAGGAACAACAGGGAAGUCACACUCCAGUUCAAACACCUGUAGGCAUGACAGAACACACACUUUCAGAAAAAAAGGGUAUGGUUAGGGUAUGAUAUUGUUCCCUGUGGUACAAAUAUCAACAUACACCAUUAUGUACUUAUGUACACAUAGUAAUCUAGUACAAUGGUACAUUUUUGUACCAAAUAUUUUGAAUAUAAAAGUACAAUCAUUGGAGGUGUAGCUUAUUGGGGGAGUGGCUUUCAAUUAGUUAUUUUUGGCCCCCCUUGAGUGGAAGUGUUGUACCAGUGGUCCAUGGCUAUGUUAAUUUGAGUUCGAGCAUAUCUGCUGCUCGUUUUGAAGUAUUUUCAAGACGUAUAUACAUAUGUAAGAGCAUGUGACAUGUGACAAUAAAGAGCUGUAAAUAAUAUUAUAGUGACAUUAACCCAACAUUGAGCCACCUUGUCAAAAGGGGGAUGGUGGAAAGUGUACAUGUGAGAGACCUGGUAUAGAAAAUAGGUAUAUUUAUUAUAAAUAAUUUGGUGGGUGCUUAUACCUUAUUUGUCUUAUACACAUGUGGGAAUUAGAAAUGAGAUGUUCUGCAUAUCACAAUUCCAUCAAUCAUCAACAGCGACCCUGGAGCAAUUAGGGUUAAGUGCUUUGCUCAAGGGCCUUGUUGGCUUGGGGAUUCGAACUAGCAAUGUUUCUGUUCCUGGCCCAACACUCUAACCUCCAGGCUACAGUACCUGACACCACCAUUGUUUUCUGACAUCCCAGGUUUUGGCACUUAAAAUGAACAAAAAGCUUUGUCACUGAGGUUGUACCUUAAAAAGGAACAUUUGUACCUUUUUGGCUCUUUUAAUGUGCGGACUGCAAGGGUACUGUUAUGUGCCUAUAACAUAACUAAUGAGUAAUAACAGGAUACCACUAGAGUGACAAGCGUUUCUACCCCUUUAAGUACAAUAAGGUAUCUUUUUUUCUGAGAGUACAGAGACAUGUUUUUAAAUUAAUGUUUUUUUUUAUAUUGUUUUAAUUCCUUGGUGUUUGUAAAUAUUGCCAUCGGUAGAACACAUAUUUGUCAAAAUGUCCACACAACAAUCCUGUAUGCAAUUUAAACAGAUGAAAGAAGAUGUGUUCAUUUGCAUUUACAAGAAUAUGGCUUUUCAAUAAAUGAAGUCCUUCAUACCUACAGUACCUACCUACCUACCUGUCUACCAAUGGUUUAGACUAUGAUUGAAGUGUCUUGUCAGUGAAUGUGAUUUAGUAUGAAUAUUUUUGAUGAUGCCUCUUGGCCAGGGCUCCACACAGCAAUAGAUUAUUUGAAUGAAACUCACAUGAACCAGGUAUCCAUCCAGCCUUUUUACACAAGUAAAGUACAUGAUAGAUAAAAAAAUGUCACGGCAGGCCAAAUAGGAAUAGCUAAUUUGUUGGUAAACUUUCCAAAUGUCAACAAAACAAAAUACUCUAGACAAGGUUGGAUCUUUUUGUGUCGGUAAAACUAGUUAUGCGAGAAAUGGUGAAGGAAAUGCCUUUAUGCACAAAUAUUUAUAGAAUAAUCAUCGUAUCGAAGUAAACUUUGAGUCACAUGAUGAUAUGGUGUGUUGUCCUCCCACUGGGACUCGGAAAGCAUGCAGUUUAUUAGGCUACAGAUUAAAUAUAUUCUGAUGAACUUCACAGGGUGCGGAAGUGCACGGUGAUUAGCUUGAUGCUCUUUUCCAAUACAUAUCAAGAGUUUAUUCUGGAGACACCAAAAUCGAUGCUUGGCUGAAGUUUGACAAAUACAAAUAAUCUUGCUCUUUUGUCCAUAAUAAUCUCAUCAUGUAGUAGUCUACACCUGCACUAUAUCUGCGAGCUGUUGACAUGUGAGCACGUGCCAAGAUCAGAGUGGACACAUUCGCUAUGUAACGUCAUUUUUAAACACAAAAUCUAUAUUUAUGCGUAUUAUGUCAUCACGCUGUCACGCCUUGGUCUUAGUAUUUUGUGUUUUAGAUAAUUAGUUGGUCAGGCCAGGGUGUGACAUGGGUUUAUGUUAUUGUGUUGUCGUAUUGGGGUUUUUGUAGGCAUUGGGAUUGUGGUUGAUUAGGGGUGUGUUUAGUUUAGGUUUGGCUGCCUGAGGCGGUUCUCAAUCAGAGUCAGGUGAUUCUUGUUGUCUCUGAUGGGGAACCGUAUUUAGGUAGCCUGGGUUUCACUGUGUAUUUCGUGGGUGAUUGUUCCUGUCUCUGUGUAGUUUCACCAGAUAGGCUGUAAUUAGGUUUCACGGUCCGUUUUGUAUUUUGUAUCAGUUAUUUCAUGUACCGCGAUUCAUUCAUUAAAAACAUGAGUAAACACCA